AUGUUCCAAUACACGCCUGGCUUGGGUCAUCAAAAUAGAGACACUUCCUUCUUGAGGUACAGACCUGUGAGCAAUGCCCGUCUGUCUUCAAAUUCUGAUGAUGAGAGCUCCAUGAUGGUACUGGGGAGUCCUAACUCCGAUGAUGAAUCAAGUCUUCAAAAUAGGAGCAUCAGGAGGAUGGAUUGGGAGGAUGAGUCGACUAGCAUUUCGUUUUCAACAAAUUAUCGCCACCAAAAAUACCAUACCGCUCUUCCUGGCUCGCAGUACGAAUAUAAUUUUGUCGGUGGCCUUGAAGAGGUUUUCAAUUCGCCAUUUUUUAGUAAGCCUAGUACUAAAAAUCAUCAGCGACAUUUAUCAGAGGGCAGGAUUAAUAAUAUGACAGCUAAUGGGACUUGGAAUGUUUUCAGCCAACAACAUCAACUGCAGCAGGAUCCACUUGUAUCAUCACCAUUAUUUUCCAACAUGUCGUCUUGGAGCAUAGCCGACAGCCCCCCAACAAACAAACUCACUUUUCAACAGCAACAGAGACAUUUGAUGAAUCUUAACAGGUUAAGUUUGAACGAUUCACAGAAGCUUAGCAAUCUUAAUUUGGGUGAGAAUGAAAAUUCAAGAUGGUCUUCCAAAACUAACAACACGUCCCUGUUCACUAAUAAUUUUUUAAAUGAUUUGACAUCAGCAUAUAGUAGCCCACAACAGUCUACACUCAUGAACUCAGACAUGAACGCCAAUGAGCAAGACCUCUUUCCAAAUAAUGCACACAGUUUCAAAUUUUUAAACAACAAAUCCAGAACAUCAAAUUCACAUUUCAAAUCAUCACCACCUUCACUUAAUGCUAGAAAUUCAUUUUCUAUUUUUUCUCCUACCAUUUCUAAAACAAUGUUUAACACAGAUGGCCCAUCUGUUAACAAUGCCAACACUGCUGUUACAGAGUCUACAACAAUUCACUCAACCAGUGACAGCACUGAUUGUAGUGUUGUUGUUAUUGACAGCAAAAUACAAACUGAGGAUAUCAAUGUCUUUAAAAAUAGUAAUCAACAGCUACAGGUUUUAACUGAAGUGCCUAAAAAUUUAUUGGGCCCCCCCAUUAGCAACAGCAUGAAAACAAUCGGUGAAAGUAUAAAAAACAGGGAUGUGCAAAGUGAUGAAAUUAGCUUAAACAGUGAUGGAAAUGAGGCUAAUAAUGUAAAGAUGAGACAUUUAGGUAAAAUUAAUAAUCGUCCUGUAGCUGGCAGACCUGUAGUGAAUGAGGAUUUCAGUAUGUACUUUGUGAGCAAUCCAUGCUGGCUGAAAAGUUACAUUGCAAAGAGUGCGCCUAUCUUGAUGAUGUUAAUGUUAUUAGGAGUCUUAGUUUUUAUAUUCAUCGAUGAUACAUCUGAUUUUAGCCAAAAAACUGGUUUAAAAUCAAACAAAGGGAAUUUUUUAAAAGUAAACUUGCCAUUGAUUGAAGAUAAUUUGAGGGUGAAGCUGUAUGGCCAGCACAUCGCUACAGAUGUCAUCAUCUCAUCCCUAAGCGCCUUCAUAACUAAUGAAAUAGGCGCAAAUUCAAAGAAAAAAAAAACGUUAUCUUUAAUGUUUUUAGGAUCUUCUGGUGUGGGAAAAAGUUAUGCUGGAUCACUAAUUAUGGAUGGGUUCAGUAAUGUGCAAGCCAAACAUCUCGUCAUCAUUCCAUUGCAUUUCUCGAACUUAUUCGUAAAUAAUAAUAUUAAAGAUGAUUAUUAUUAUAAUUAUGACAUUGAUAAUAAUGAUGACGUCAACAACAACAAUAACGAUAAUAAAAAUAAUGAAGAUAACGACGACGACGACGAUAAUUUUAAGAAAAGAAUAUACAGCAUUGUGAACAACUUCAAACGAGAUCAUCAUCAUCAUCGCUCCAGAGGCAGUGACGAUUAUGAUAAUAGUGAUGACAACGAAGUGAUGGUGAUGAUCUUUUUAGUAGAAGGCCUGGAUGACGUCAUUGGUGAUGAUGAUGGCUACAAGAAAAUCACCAUGCAAAUUCUCAACACCAUCAAAUUACUGAAUAAUGAUAAUAAUGAUAACAGUGUCGAUAACGAUGAUGCUGAUGAUAAGAGUAAAAAUGUCAAUAUUGAUGAUGGAUAUAGAUAUAUCUUCAUAUUCACAAGUAACGAAGCUGGUUCAACCAUAGACGAAUUAACCUACAAAUUAAUCAAACAUGAAAGAAAACAAAGAGCGGAAAUAGCACUAGAUAUGAUCAUGGAAGACCAGGCUAUCAAAAACCAAUUGAAAUAUUCGUGGUUUUAUCAGGCUUUCCAUGAAAAUGCGGUCGACCACAUCGUGCCUUUUCUACCGCUGGAAAAAUCACACGUUGGAAUGUGUACAAAGCACUUGCUGGCACAGAAAAAUAUCACCCUAAAUUACGACGACAGAGAUUUGAUUGAAACCCUGUUUAAUGUCAUUCAAACUUACCCAGAUGAUAGUGAAAAUGAAACGGCUAUUUUUAGCUUGGCUGGUUGUCGGAAAGUCCCAACUUAUGUCGAUCUAAUUUUAGCUGGCUUUCAGUGA